AUGAAUUCCACCGCCAUCGACUCCAACAUUUUUCGCAAUCUCUUCGGUACAGAGGAUGCUCGUAAGAUCUUCUCAGACACCUCUUUCGUGUCGCAGAUGAUCGCCGUAGAAGGAGCGCUGGCGAGGGCAGAGGCGAAAGCUGGAGUGAUUCCUAAGGAGGCAGCAGUGGCCAUCACCGAAGGCUGCAAGACCGAUAGGAUCAAUUUCGACAAACUAGCUAGCGACACGGACAUAGUCGGUUAUCCGGUCUUCCCCCUCGUAGAGCAGAUGAACACCAUGAUCUCGCAAGAGCAUGCCAAGUACAUCCAUUGGGGUGCCACCACGCAGGAUAUCAUGGACUGCGCUUCGAUGUGCCAGAUGAAAGAAGCAUUAGAGCUCGUGCGUAGGCAGCUGCUGGAGGUGAUCCAGGUCCUGGAGAAACUUGUUGAAACCCACAGGAAUACACCGAUGGCGGGACGAACGCAUCUGCAACACGCACUCCCAGUAACAUUCGGAUACAAGGCCGCAGUGUAUCUCUCAGGCUUCCAACGCCACUUCGAAAGACUGCAGGAGAUCGAGCAGCGUUGCUUGUUGGUGCAGUUCGGAGGUGCUGCGGGAACACUGGCUUCUCUCGGAUCCGACACGACUGGGUUGGAGGUACGAAGACUUCUUGCAGAAGAGCUUGGUCUGAAAGACCCAUCCAUCACAUGGCAUGUUGCCCGCGACCACAUCGCUGAGAUUGUCAAUUUCCUUGGUCUCAUCGGUGGCUCGCUGGGCAAGAUUGCCUUGGAUGUGAUCAUCAUGUCUUCGAACGAGCUGAGCGAGGUAUCGGAACCCUUUGUGCCUCAUAGAGGAGCCUCGUCAACGAUGCCGCAAAAGAGAAAUCCAAUCUCAAGUGAAGUGAUCCUAGCGGCCUCGAAACUGCUAAGAGCCAAUGCUGGACUUGCCAUGGACGCCAUGGUAUCAGACUUCGAGCGAGCCUCAGGGCCGUGGCACUUGGAGUGGGUCUGUAUUCCAGAGAGCUUCAUCUAUUGCUGCGGCGCGCUGCAUCAGACAGCUUUUGCUCUGGGAGGUCUCGUUGUGAACGUUGACGCCAUGAAGGAGAAUCUGGCUUCCAGCCGUGGAUUGAUCGUCGCUGAGGCUGUAAUGAUGGGACUGGCUCCUUCUCUUGGUCGUCAGCCAGCACACGACAUUGUAUACCGAGCUUGCCACGACUCCAUCGAUACUUCACGGCCCCUAAUUGAUUCGCUCCUCUCAGAUAAAGCUGUCAUUGAGAACAUACCCAAGGCUGAACUUGAGAAGCUCUGCGAUCCAUUGAAUUACAUGGGCUGCUGCAGGCAGAUGGCAGAUCGGGUGUUGCAAUGGGGAACGACAGCCUCGCUACAAGAGCAUGAAAGAGACCGUUCAGAUAAGGUGCUUGUAAAUGGUGCUGCAACUGAUAAAUCUUCGAACGGUCAGACCAAUGGGCUCCAUUAG